GUACUGCGCCCACACCGCACGCGGCUUCACAAGUAACCGUUCGCUCGCAAACCCUAUCAUCUACUUAACUUCAACCACCGACCAACUACAGAGAUGAGCCGGCACACCUGCCUGGCAGCUGCGGCCCUGUUGGCCGUAAUAUGCCUUGCCGAUGCCCAGAGACGGCUGGCGUUACCUGACCCCAGAAGUUGUUCCAACAGGGUCCGUCAUUCGACGUAUCGGGAUGCCCGUGGUGUUCUACAUUCAUACUUCUUCAGCUGGGAACAUGCACCCACAAGAAAUCUGGAGGUGGACUGGCUUGAUGCCAGGAACAUCUGCCGCCGCCAUUGUAUGGACGCAGUUUCACUCGAAACACCGCAGGAGAACGAAUUCAUUAAGCAGAGGAUCGCACGCGGCAAUGUCCGCUACAUUUGGACCUCCGGUCGCAAGUGUAACUUCGCUGGAUGUGAUAGAGCCGAUCUUCAGCCUCCCAAUGUAAACGGCUGGUUCUGGUCUGGUUCGGGCGCCAAGAUUGGACCAACCACACAGCGUAACACCGGAGAUUGGUCUUACACUGGAGGAUAUGGACAACCCCAACCUGAUAACAGGGAAGCCGCACAAGGCAAUGACGAGUCGUGUUUGUCAAUUUUGAACAACUUCUACAAUGAUGGCAUCAAGUGGCACGACGUGGCGUGCCAUCAUGUGAAGCCGUUCGUCUGCGAGGACAGCGACGAGUUGCUUAACUUCGUACGCUCUCGCAACCCUGGACUACGUCUAUGAGCUUGAAUUUUCGUAUAUCACCCCUCACCUUUAGUAUUUUAACAUGGCUGACAGUGUACAAAAUGAUAUGGCUAUCUGUAUUUAAGUUAUUUAUUAUUUAACAAAUUAUUAUUCACUUAAAAGGUAUAUUAAAAAUACCUUAUUUGGUAGUCUCCAUGAUAAUUUAUAUUGUGACAGCAAAAAUGAAAGUAUGCAAGUAAAAUAAUUUUAAUUAUAAUGCUACUAAAGAAUUAGUAUUUUAGUGUAAUACAAUCUGUUGUCACAAUUUGAAGGUCAGUCAUUUCUAUGGUACCUACCCAGUGAUUUCUUCUUAAGAUAACUUUUGUAAAAAGGUCUUUUUGCACAAAAUAGGAUUAACAUAAGUAUUAGAAUAAAUGAACUUGGUAUUUUUA